AUGGCUGACGCUACGCCCAAGACGGUUUUACUCCCGAACGACGACGGCUUCGCCUCUCUGGAGUACUGGAAUAACAUGACCGCGUACGAAAGAGCGAUGAAGCUUCUCAACGAAACGGAGACGACGUCGUUUCUCGGGUACCACAUUUUACCAGGCGGCGCUUUUGAUAGCGCGACGGUGGCGACUUUGAACGGUCAAACUGUCGACACGUGUCUUUCCAAAGCGGUGAUGGACUCGUACCCGGAUUCCACCGUCUUGGACGUCGGCGUGGAAGUUCGCGACCCGGACGUCUUCAUCAAAGCGAGAGCGUCCGAAGCGAAAGUGGUCGAAGCGGAUAUCCCGGUUUGCGAAGGUAUCGUCCACAUUCUCGACGCGCCCUUGUUGCUUUGCGACACCGAAAUGGAGUUCACCGACGAAGAGACGACGGUCGUCGAAGCCGCGGUGACGAAGGUUGCGGAGAUGCUCGAGAAGUACGAGGAAGGCAUGGCGCCGGCCCCGGCGCCGAUGGAAGACGAAGCGGUGAUGCCGAUGGAAGCCGUCGCGGAAGAACCGGAAGCCUAA